AACACGUUUUUUCGUCGACAAAAAUAUUGAAAUACUUUCAGUUUGUAUCAAUUGAAGUAACUAGUGGAACUUUCGUAAAAGUUUUUGAUUAUUUCAUUAGAUUUCGAUAAAAAUAUGUCGUUUCCAAGAGCAAAAAGAUUCAAUUACAAAUACUCUGAUUUUAAUGCCUCUCCAGCAGACUACUAUAUAACCUCCCAAUUCGGAAACGGAUUAACGAUUCCGAAAUGCACGAGAUUUUUUAAGGGAAAUGAUCAGUCUUCUUCAACAUCUACAAGAUGUGAGGGUUGUACUUGUAGUAGAUGUCCAUCAAAUUCCACAAGAUAUGUCGAUAUAACUUCAUUUUCUUCAAGAAAUAGUUUGCGAGUAAUGCCGGAAGCUUCUUCGACUCCAGACAAAUCAAAAUCCAGGAAUUCGUAUAAAAUGAAAAACCAAGGGAAUAUUUUUGAUAGAAAUAACGUUAAAGCUCGUUCGUUUCGAUGUAAAGGGCCUAAUAAACAAUAUUUAGAAACGAAAAACGAAGAAAACCCCGAUUGGGCGAGUAACGAUUUAUUUGACGACGACUACCACAGUUACACAAGCUCUGAAGAAUUGGACAGUAUGAAAAGAUAUCAGCGACAAAAUGAUAACUUCGAGACGAACGUAUUGAAACAAAUGGAACGUAUAAACUUGAACAUACAAAAAUUCCAAAUCGAUUUGAAAGAAUUAAAAGACGAUUUAAAAUCGAAACUAAACGAAUCGCGAACAAUCCGAAUUUCGGAAGGCGUUAAAUACGUAGUAUACAAUGCGAUCGAAAAAAUGCGUAACGAAUUCGAAUCUACGCAAAAUUUGAUUUCAUCCCAAGCUCUUAAACGUAUCGAUUGUAUGGGUAAGGAGAUUCGCGACGCUACUAAUUUAUCCAAAUAUAAAAUCGAUGAAUUUUGCGGUAAAAUUGCCGCCGAUAUGAUCGAACGUAUUUUCGAAUUUUCGGAAAAAGACGACACUUUGGAAUAUGAAGUUUCUAACGUAUGCGACGAACAAUUACAACGAAUCGAUAGUAUUCUAAGUCCCGAUUUUAUGGGAUACGAAAACGUUUGUAAAGUUUUAUCGGAUCAUCUUCAAAUUAGUCAGAAAGAAUUGAAUGAUUUGAACGAAGAAAAUUCUAGUAUGAUGAAAAAAUUCGGUAGCGCCAAACAAGCUAUAGACGCCCAAUCGACAAUUAUAAUGAAACUACAUAAAGAUCUAGCGGAGCUCAAAAAUAGUUACAAAAAAUGAAAUGUCGUAUGUAUUUAGAGGAGAAAUAAAUUUUUUUUACCCAAAUUUGUAUUUUGGACUAUUGAUAUUUCAAAAAUUGAAAAUAUAGAAAUAAAAAGUCGUUAAACCACUUACUUACUACGUAA